AUGGCGCGCGUUGGCAGUCCGGACACUGCCUCCAUCCUAUCUGGCCACUCGACCUCGCGACCAGGCACCCUCCAGCCAGUCCGAGGCAUCCACAACCAAGUCUUCACCCUCGAGAGCUUCAGCAGUAAAGAUUUCAUUGUCAAGGACUUUGUCGAGUCCCUGUCUGAGAUAUCAGGACCUGGUCGAAGAUCAGCACCCACUUCAGGCCCGAAUGCUCAAGCCAGCCAGGCAUUCGACCCGAAACCACUCAUCCGGACAUUCGAACAUGCCUUGAGCAGGUUGAAGACUCUCAGCGGAGAUCUGCAGGAGCGCGAGAAUGAGCUUACGAACGGCGUGAGGAAAGCAGAGGCCCAACACAAUGCGAACAUCAAGGGCCGAGAGCGUGAGCUGGAGCGCGCGAUUGGCUCUUUCCACCGCCUGGAGAGUGCAUUGGACGGAGAUGGCGACGAGGGUGGCAACGCUGCGAUGCGCAUAGGCGAACGACUGGAGGAGCUGGACAGACAGAGACAACGAGCACAGGAUGCGAAGUUCAUACUACAAUGUUGGCUCGACGUCAGCGAACGCGGAGAUCUGUCGAGCUUGGACGAUGUGCGAAAGAUGGGUGGAGGAGAAGGCAAAGUCAGAUGUGCGCAUAUCGCGCGGCAGCUGCUCAAGAUAUCACAACGACUGGAUGGUGGAGCGGAUCGUCCACCAAAGACGAACGGAGUGCACUUCGGCAACGGCGUGAACGGCAGCAAUAAUGACGAAACAGACUCGCCGCACGGUGGCUUGCAAAGGAACAAAGGUGGGAAGCAGCCACGAGAGAUUAUCGAAAAGUUCCUCGAAAUGCUGGAGAAGGAUCUCCUGAAAUCGUUUGACGAGUUCUAUCGGAGACAGAACUUUGGAGGCAUGCAAGAAUGCGCGGUGGCAUUGCAAGACUUUGGCGAUGGUAAUUCGGUCAUAUCGCUCUUCGUCAACCAGCAUCAGUUCUUCAUCGAUCGCUCACAACUCGUGACGGACGAGCUCACCAUGGACGACACCUUGGAUCGCCUGGCCGAUCCUGACACAGAACCACCCGGCGUUGAGCCAAGCCUACAAUCGCUGGUCGAUGAGGUUCGGGUCGUUGUACAGGAAGAGAGCUUCAUCAUCAAGCGUGCCUUCCCUUACUACGAGGAAGUGCUGGCUCGCUUUGUGCAGCGAGUGUUCCAGCAGUCCAUCCAGCAAAGAUUGGAGAUGGUGCUUGAGAAAGCAGAUAGCAUAUCGACACUGGCAUUCUUGCGAUCACUGCAGGCGUCGAGAUCCUACAUCGCAGCACUGGUGGAGGACUUCAAGUCGCAUGGCUUGACAGACCAUCCCGAACCAGUGUCAUCGACGACUGCCUCUGUACUGGAUCAACAGCUGGAUGAGCUCUUCGUGCCGUAUUUUACCGGCACAAGCUACAUCGAAAGAGAAAAGCGAAAUCUUGGAGAGCUUUUCGAGGGUCUACUGUUCAAGUUCACGCUCUAUCACUCGCGAAGGCGGAACGUGAAGACACAAACACACACGUACCUAGGUGCCAUCUCAGCACGUAGCAAAGAAUUCAUUAGCAGCGCGCGAGAUGCUUAUAUGGAGCGUCUGGAUAGUGCGGACUUGCAAGCUCGACAGAAGGCAAUGCUGCUCAGGAUCGCCGGUCUGCACAAUGCGAAAGACCAAGCCAGCGCGAACGAGGUCGACGUGACAGAUGAAGAUGGCCAGCUAAGUCUGCCCUCCACGAAACGUAUGCUGAAGUGGCUUGCUGAAGGUGUCGGACGAGGUCUUGAACUGGCAGGCGGUGGGAGCGAGACACCAAAGGAGAUCCGAGAGCUGCUGGGGCUCCUCAUUUCGUACAUGGGCGAGGUCUACCUUGAGACGGCACUGAACGCAGCGAUUGACUCUGCUACUGCUGCCGAGUCCAACACAAAGACGGAGCCUGACCUGAGCUACAUCACAGAUCUUCGAAGUGCGGUCAGCGUGCUGCACCUUAUGCUCACCACAAUAAAGAUGCUUCUGCUUCCACUGGCGGCGAGCAAUCUGACGAUCCGACGAGAUCUGGAAAAGCAGACCAGCAAUUUCGUCGACCGCAUGGAGUGCAAGGUUGAUACGGUUUUACAAAAGACGAUUGAUGCGGCUCUUGCUUGGGUAGCGAAGCUUCUCUCGAAUCAAAAGAAAACAGACUUCAAGCCGAAAGAUGACCACACCCUCCAGCUCGACCAGCUACAAACCUCAACAUGUCAAACCAUCUUCACCUUCCUCGGCCGUCUUCACUCGUGCGCAAAGAUCGCGAUCUCCGGCCGAGUCCUCGAGUCCUUCUCCCUCGAACUCGCCAUCGGCUUGCGAUCACUACUCCUCCAACACUUCAAAUCCUACCAGGUCUCGCUGACUGGCGCGCUUGUGGUGUCGAAGGAUAUCACCAAGUACAUCGAGCUUCUGCGCUCAUGGGAGCUACCGUCAUCUUUCGACCCCAGUCUUGAGGUCAUGACUGAGAUUGCGAAUCUCUUCGUUAUUGGGCCUGAGGCAUUGAGGGAUCGUCUAAGGAAUUUUGGAACUGGAGCGGGUGGGCUGCAGGGCGUGGAGAAGGCGGAUCUGAGGCCUUAUGUGAUGAGGAGGGAGGAUAGUAAUAGUGUAGGUGUGCAGGCUGUGUUGAAUGCGUUGUAG